UAAACACGUAUAUGUACAUUACCUCUCAGGGAUGCGCAAACACGGGACCGGAAAGGCUCACAGAACCGCACAGCUCAAAACCUGUGUAUACACCAAAAAGAACACGUCAGUAUACACGUCAGUAUGAAACAAAGGUAUUGAUGACUUCAACCGAUACCGAUACCGAUACCGGGUCAGACAGAGAAUCGGAGUACUUUCCAACACCACUACCAUAAUUAUGUCUAAGCCUAGUGCUGUAUAAUUAUGUACACGGUCACCAUUCACAGGUUCCUUAAUCCCUGUCAAAACGUCUCUAUGUGAAUCUUGUAUAUAAUUGAGCUUAGAAAAAUCAUUAUAGGACAUUGAUGACUCACCUCUCACCCCAACAACCGAGCCAUCAAGCUUCUGCCUUCAAGACCCACAUCAGGACAUUGAUGACUCACCUCUCACCCCAACAACCGAGCCAUCCAGCUUCUGCCCACAUCAGGGACUUGCAGACUCUGAACAGUGCAGAGAAUUCGAUUUGACUACUCCGCCAAAAAGGAGAUGUUUGAGGCAGAGACAGGUGACUGUCCAGACACAAGUAGACAGCGGCAGCGAAACUUCUCUGUACUUGAACAGCUCUUUCGGCGACAAUAUCGACAGCAGUGAUUACAUGCCAACACCAGAAAAUACGUUGUUGAGAAGGCCUCCAAAUACGAAGCUCAACGCCAAAGAAAUGGAAAUGCUAUUCAGAAGGCAUACAUUCGAAAGGACCCAAGAAGUGAACGACAGUAUUUACGUACUUCCUCCAGAAAUGCUAUUGUUAAGAAGGCGUAUAUUCGAAACGAAGUUCAACGCCAAAGAAGUGGACGACAGUGUUUACGAGCCAAGUCCAGAAAUGACAAAUACACUCCAAAAGAAGUUCAACACCAAAGAAGUGGCAUUACCCAGACAACUUUUUCUGGGAGAAACCAGCCAUUUAUGUGACUUUGUACAGAGCGUUAAUAAGGUGUUGAGCUGCAAGACUACACAUUGUCAAGGGAAACUCAUCGCAACAAGUUUCAAACUCAAAGGAUUGGGCGGGACGAUCAUCGUUACUUACAAUUGCUCGGAAUGUGGUCUGCACCCGAUUGAGUUUACUACCAACAAGCCUAUCAAAGACAGUACCAGAUCCGAAGUGGCCACAGCACUUCAAGUGGCCUUCAUAAUAUCAGGUGGUAUGCAUGCCACGUACAGACGUGUCAUACAUCAUGGGCUUGGAAUGGAAGCAUUCGGCAAUUCUGUAUUUGCUUCUGUCAUCGAAUCUUUGUAUUCAGUUGUAAAGCAGAUGGUAGACGACUUGUGCGAGGAAGCCAAGGCUGAAAUGAAAUUGAUGGACCCUGAUGCUUUGGGUUCGUGGAAAAAGGCAAUUACUUCUGCAGACGGAUGCUGGCACACUCGUGGACAUCAUUCUCAAAAUCAUACGUUCACUGUGCGUAACUACCAGAACGGUUCACUUCUCUACUACAUCCACCUCUGUCAACGUGGUAGAGACGAACUGAGCGAGACUCCACUGUACCAGGGAACGUCCAAGUCCGCAGAAGCAUACGGGGCAAAUGUACUGUUUGGUAGAGCUAAAUCAGAGGGAAUGGUUGUUGCGAUACAGUGGCAGGAUGGUGACUCGUCUUCUUCUAAUGAAGUAAAGAAACACUUCCCGGACGCCGAGGUCAUGAUAUGUGCUGGUCAUGUUGCAAAAUCGCACAAGAAGGUGUUGGAGGGAUAUGCAAAGAUGAAGUCGUUUUCUACUGUUUUCAGCAACUCUCACAAAAAGAAGCAUCCCGAUGUUACCCAGGUGAAGUGUCACUGUGAUGGCAGGCAUUCCCAAACGUGUGGGUGCCUGACUCCUGCAUUUGUCGAAAGAGCUCGAAACAACAUGUCACAACUCCUGAAAGACUCCAAGUCUGCAGACGAUUUCAAGGCAAAGGUUGAAGCGCUCUCCAGACAUGCACACGACGAACACCAGUGGGAAGGGGGACAGUGCGACUUUCACCCGCUACGUCUAUGUAGUUGCGGCAAAUGCGACGAGGGUGAAGAGCUCAACUGCAAGGGUACACUAUACCACACAAGACUAUGUUUGACUUGCCCACUACACAAGCUAGCUUACGAGAUCGAACUAGACAACAGAGGAUCCAAAGCGGAACAGUACAUCCAUUCCGUAUUGAAAAAGGGUAACUCUAAUUUGUUGGAAGCAUCCCACAACGUAUUCAUCAGGUUCAGGGAGAAAGCGUUGAACCUAGAGAGGCUCCAUUAUGAGACGUCAACGAAUCUCGCUCUGUUGCAGGCAAAUCUCAGCUAUAUGACCCAGAAGCACGGCUCUACUUACCAUUGGAUACCAGAACUAUUCAAACAAAUGCAAUUGCCUGUCUACGAUGGCUUAGCCGAUAAGCUACAGAUCUACAGCAAAAACCGGACAAAAAGUCUGAAAUACCGCAAAACUGAGAAGGUAAAGAAGAGGAGAAUUCAGUUAAAGUGCGAGAGGGUGAGAGAAGCUCAGACCCGAAAAGAGUGGUCGGCCAAGCGUGGUAAUUUUGACUACUAUGGUGCUGAUGAAGAGAUUGUGGGCAAGAGUGAAGGGGAAACAAACAAAGCAUGCAUUUGUGGUUCAAAAUCUCACAUGCGCACCAACCACAAAGACUGCCCUCUCAACAAGAAGAACCAACCACAACCACAACCAGGCACAGACACUGCCUCGGACUUAAAUACAUCUGGUGAAGAUGAUUCAGAUUCUGACGAUAACAAGACCGAUCAGAACGAAGUGCACGGUGAACUCUUCCUUGGUAGUGACAGUGAUAGUGAUUGUAGUGAUUGUACCUGUGGGUCUCUUGGCCGUUCUCAUCAUCGUUCCUGCCCUAUGAAUCCACGAUCAGGUUACAAGAAACGCACUAACCCCAACUGCUCUGGUGCUGAUGGAGACACUGCUCAACUUGCAGAAGACACCAAGGUUGGAAACAGCCAGUGUGGUGAUAACUUCCCUGCAACACAACCACACGUCAACGAUCGAACCACUGCAACACAACCCCACAUCAACAAACCACACAUCAACGAUCGUGUAGAGAAAAAGAAGUCUAAUGGCUCAACUGACACAGAUUGUGGUUCUCGUGCCAGUAAAGAGACUCAACAGGGUGUACAAAAGAGUCCCAUUGCACUCAGCAGUAAUCCAGACAAGACGGACAGGCUGGAAGUUGGCAUGUACGUUUAUCUUCACAGUAGUCGUUUUGGAGAGCAGCACCUUCUCUGUCGGAUUGCUAAAAAAGUAGGCAAUCUUUUUCGGUUGUAUUGUGGUGGUGGUAAUCUUAACGCAAGCUAUUCCCCAGAAGUGCUGACAAUUUCUUUGGGUGACAGUAACCACAGCCUUUCACUAGGGAAUUGGCGCGCUUCUCCAAAGAUCUCUUUGGCUGCUGCCGCCCUUGAAGCUGCCUGCCUUGCUAAGUGCAAGUGUGUCAUUCUCAAACCUGUCGUUGUAGAGAUUUCGGAAGACGAUGACCCUACUACAGCAAGUGAAGUAUGGACGGACAACUGUUUAUACAAAUUGACACUCGCAGAAAAGGAAGAGGUAGUAUCUCCUCGUGGUUGGCUCAAUGACAGGGUCAUCACUGCUGCUCAACUAUUAAUGCUGCAGCACUCUCCUUUGAUGCAGGGAUUGCAACCACCUACGCUUUCACAGCGUCAGGCCUUCGAUUGUCACAAGGAUCAGAUCUUCGUGCAAAUUAUCAUUGUUGGUGGCAAUCACUGGUGUGUUGUAUCGAAUGUGGGCUGUGACGAAGGUACGGUGCAUGUGUAUGACACAAUGUUUCCUAGACCUUCGAAUAUCACCGUACGGGUUGUAUGUAGCCUUGUUGUCUGUUCAACGCCCACACUAUCCAUCAAUAUGAUGGAUGUUCAGAGGCAGUCAAAUGGAUCAGACUGUGGUGUGCUUGCGAUUGCUAUCGCUUUCGAACUCUGCUGCCACAGAGAUCCAUGUACCGUGAAAUUUGGCAACACAGUUUCUAUUCGAUCUCAUCUUGCCAGGUGCCUUGAAGACUGCAAGCUUACCACAUUUAGCACAGGAAUUCGUAGGUGCCAAAACAAAGUUAAAUUUUCAAAGCAGGUUGAAAUUGCUUGUUUGUGUCGAGAACCCAAAGAUAAACAAUCGAUGGUGAAGUGCACACUUUGUAAAGCCUGGUUCCACAAGCACUGUUGCAGGGAAACCACACAAGUUGUAGUUCCUUGGACUUGUACAUCUUGUAGAAAGUAACUGUUGUCGUACAUCUUGUUGUUGAUUGUUGUUUAUUAUUACUAUGAUUAUGACUUUA